AUGCACCAGCAAGUCGCCGAAAGAGUGUCACGCACAUAUCCGUACUACUCCUGCCUCUUCAAUCUGAGCUUCUACUUGGGAAUCGGCAAGUGUGUAAUUGCAGAGACUGAUGGCUCUUCUGCAGACACAGAGUUUCUGCCCCUGGAUCAGCCCUUAGCAAUCCCAGUAGAAUGCGAAUGCAACUUCCGGGCUGAGUUGAUAAAGAAUACGAUAGACGGAGAGAGCUUUCGAUCCGUCGCUGGAUCGCUCGAAGGCUUGACAACCUGCCGAGCCAUCCGAGAGGCAAACCCGGGUAUUCCUCAAUUCGACCUCAAUGAAAAUGUUCAGUUACGCGUGCCUGCCUGCCCUUCUCCUGAAACUAGUACUUGUCUCUUGCUCACUUAUCCUAUAAGCAAAGGAGACACUGUAUCAGGCUUGGCCUCGAAGUUCAAUACCACUCCUCAAGCUAUCAUAUCUGUCAAUAAUGGAUCACUCGGAACGUUCGAUCCCGAGAGGCUGAUUCCAUUGACGUCCAUUUUGAUACCGAUUGAUGGUCGGCCUAUGCUUGGUUCUCCCGCUGAACCCCGUGAGCCGAUCUUGGAUUUUGUGGACACUAGCGAUCCGAUAGUCGAUUAACACGAGAAGAAAUCAAGAAUGUGGGAGAUUUGGAUUUACAUUGCCGCAAGUAGCGUGACAGUUGGGAUUAGCGUUAUGAUUGUGGCGAUCAUAAUGGUAAUCCAUUACAAGAGGAGGAACCGGAAUUUGUGCAAGCCGGGGAGUCUAGCGGAUGAUGUGGAGCUGCAACAACUCAGUUUGAGCGUGCGAACCACGAGUGACAAGAAAGUUUCCUUCGAAGGUUUGCAAUGUCCUCUGGACGGUCAAAUUAUUGACACCACGCCGCGUAAGAUGCAGGUUGAGCUGUACACGAUUGAAGAACUCAAAAGGGCCACCGAGGACUUCAAUGUGAGUAACCACAUCGAGGGGUCCGUCUACCACGGCCGGCUUGGUGGAAAGAACUUGGCAGUAAAGAUGGUAAAGAUGGAAACUUUCGCAAAGAUCGAGUUCGGGUUAUUCCAUGAUGCCACCCACAAGCACCCCAACAUAAUUAGACUUCUGGGGACGUGUCUGACCGAAAGCCCAGGUUCUUAUCUUAUUUUCGAGUACGCGAAGAAUGGAUCAUUAAAAGAUUGGCUUCAUGGAGGCUUGGCGAUCAAGAGCCACUUCAUAGCUUCGUGCUAUUGCUUCUUGACGUGGAGCCAGAGGCUAAGGAUUUGCCUUGAUGUGGCAAUGGCCUUGCAGUACAUGCACCACAUAAUGAACCCGAGCUAUGUACACAGGAACGUGAAAAGCCGGAAUAUCUUUUUGGACGAAGAAUUCACUGCGAAGAUCGGGAAUUUCGGCAUGGCUUGCUGUGUCCAGGAUGAGAGUGGAGAUUCACCGGCAGACGAGCCAGAGUCUUGGAGCAAGGCAUAUUUAGCACCUGAAUACAUUAGUCAAGGCACCAUAUCGCCUGGCCUCGACAUUUUUUCAUACGGGGUUGUCGUGUUGGAGGUAUUAUGCGGUAAGAUGCCAAUGGUCUGGUCAGAGAACAAGGGAGAGGAGACAAUUCGGCUGUCGGACCAAAUUCGGUCGAUUCUCCGAUCAGACAAUGCAGAUGAGCUCAGGAAAUGGAUGGACGACGCUUUGGGUGAGGAUUACUCAUUCGAUGUAGCGGUCACGCUGGCCAAUCUAGCGAGAGCUUGCACGGAGGAAGAUCCAUCUACGCGGCCGAGUGCCGGAGAAAUUGUUGAGAGGUUGCUGAGGUUAGUGGAAGAACUGCCAGGAGAGCAGAGUCUGGUGAGUGAGAGCUCCUGCAAGCCUCUGGUGAAGGCUGCCGCUACCAACCCGCGUAAAUAACUGUUUGGAGAUUGAAAAGUUUCAGCUCUGAGUUAUGAUCAGGUCAUUACAAAGUUUCUUUUGUGGCCAAUGUCCUAGUUUACGAUUUACAGCCUUCUUGUCUUUAUGUACAUUCGCCGUCGAACCUGAAUCCAAAUUAGAAGCAUGUUCAGACUCUGUAUCCCUCCUUUUUCACGCAUCAAUAAAACUGUCUUUAAGUCGGAAUUAA